UCAAUCAUCAUGCGCGAAAUCAUCAACCUUCAUAUCGGUCAAGCCGGGGUCCAGAUGGGCGCCGCUUGCUGGGAGCUGUAUUGCCUGGAACAUGACAUUAGUCCUGACGGAACCUUGAAUUCUGCAACGAGUGGAAUAGACAAGAGCUUCGAUACGUUUUUCCUCUCGACCCCGACAGGUCGCUGCGUACCACGCAGCGUUUUCGUCGACCUGGAGCCGUCGGUCGUUGACGAACUUAGGAACGGAGCUUACAGGAAGCUAUUCAACCCUGAGAUGUUGAUAACCGGUAAAGAAGACGCCGCGAACAAUUACGCCCGUGGCCACUGUACAGUCGGCAAGGAGAUGCUUCUGAGCAGCACUGAACGCAUCCGGAAACAGGCCGAGCAAUGUGACGGCCUACAGGGAUUCCUGGUGUUCCACUCCUUCGGCGGCGGCACAGGCUCGGGCUUCACAUCUUUGCUGAUGGAGCACAUCUCGCAAGAUUUCGGAAAGAAGAGCCGCUUGGGAUUCGCGAUAUACCCCGCACCCCAAGUUUCGACGGCGGUGGUCGAACCGUACAACGCAGUGCUCACAACACACGCGAAUCUCGGGUAUUUCGACUGUGUUUUCAUGAUGGACAACCAAGCAAUCUACGAACUCUGUCGAAGGAACUUGGCCGUGGAACGACCCACCUACGCAAACCUCAACCGUCUGAUCAGCCAAGCCGUGUCGUCCAUCACGACUUCCUUGCGUUUCUCCGGAGUCCUGAACGUCGAUCUCAACGAAUUCCAGACGAAUCUCGUACCUUUCCCGAGAAUUCACUUUCCUCUGGUUUCGUAUACCCCCAUCAUACCCGCGGACAAGGCGCAUCACGGCCAUCACAGUGUGCUCGAUAUCACGAAUGCCGCCUUCGAGCCUCAAAAUCAAUUGGUUGUUUGCGACUGGACAAAUGGGAAGUACAUGGCUUGUUGCCUUUUAUACCGCGGGGACGUGACGCCGAAAGACGUAAACUACGCCAUCGCGAAAUUGAAGCAGAAACGAAAUAUUCACUUCGUCGAUUGGUGUCCGACCGGAUUCAAAGUCGGGAUAAACUACCAACCUCCAGCGGUGAUCCCCGAUGGCGACCUUGCCAAGGUACCGAGGGCGGUAACAUUGUUGUCGAACACGACCGCCAUGGGAGGCGCUUGGCAGCGGCUCAAUCGGAAGUUCGAUCUGAUGUUUGCCAAGAGAGCGUUUGUCCACUGGUACAUCGGCGAAGGAAUGGAAGAAGCCGAGUUCUGUGAAGCCCGAGAUAAUCUGGAGGCUCUGGGGAGGGAUUACGAGGAAGCCGCUCGAUCAUUCCACAGUAAAACUGAGUCCUCGUAG